AUGGCCUGGAACUCUGCACGCUCGAAACGAGCAGCAGAGGACUUCGUUCGAACUCGCGACCACGAGGAUUUCUACGGGCAGCCUACCAAAAAACCACGAUUCGACGUCCGCAACCCUUCCGCCUUAGCCCCCGACGCCCCCGACGACGAUGAUACUCUCGAGGCAGACGUUAUUGGCACUAGGGGGCAACAAGUGCGUCGCGGGGCAGUCAACAUCGACGGCUAUGAUUCGGACUCGGACAACGACAAUUUUAACGCGCGGGCGGACGCGAAGGAAAAAGAAAAGAACACAAAGUCCCAAGAGGAAGAAGACCCAAAUGACAUGUUCGCAGAUUUAGAGGAGGAAUUUAAGGAUGGGGACGACUCUGAAGGUGAUGCAGGGAGAAAGGAUGGUAGGAAAAAGGCUGUACGCUUCUUGGAUGAAGAUGAGAUCGAGGGCCAGAUCAAAACAUCCAAGAGCGGCGGCCAUGUCCCUGCCGACUUCAGUCUUGAUGGACAUGGAAAAGGGAAGGGCAGGGCAAAUGAAGACGAGGUGGAAAGCAGUAGUGAAAGCGAAGUCGACGAUGAGCUACGAGCCAGCACCGGAAACCUUGACCCCGAAUUGGGGGCUGGCGCUAAAAGGUCACACGCUCCGAAACUAGAUGCUUUCAACAUGCGGACUGAACAAGAAGAAGGGCGGUUUGACGACCAGGGGAACUAUGUUCGUAAAGCAGCAGAUCCUGACGCGAAACAUGAUGUCUGGUUAGAAGGGGUGUCCAAAAAGGCGAUGCGCAAGGCCAAGGAAGCCGCGGAGAAACGUGAAGAGGCGCGAAGAAAUCGGGCUCUCGAAGACGACGCGAAGCCAGCCGCACAGGUUCUAGCCGAGCUAAUACGCCAGCUGGAGCGUGGGGAGACUAUCCUCGAAGCUCUUGCUCGUCUCGGGAAGGGCCAAGACAAAAAGCGCAGGCGGCAAACGAAGAACAAGACUAAGAAACAGCAGGGGGGAUCCACUGAUCAAUCCAUGGAAGAUGGAGACGACGAAGCCGAGAAGCUGCGAAAAGAAAAGAUCGAGUCGAUCACGGGAGCAGCAGACAUCUUAUUGACAAGAGGUCAGCCUGAGAUUUACGACGCUGAAAGAGAAUUCCUCAUUCGACAAUAUCAGAAUGAAACUGGUGAAGAAUGGAUCGAUCCCCCCAAGCUCGACGAUGACGAAACUCGUGAUGAUGACUCUGUUCAACAAAUGUGGGAGUACAGGUGGACUGAUGCUCGUGACGGCGGGAACACUAAUGGGCCGUAUGACCGCAAUACCAUGAAGCAGUGGAAUGACGCCGGCUAUUUUGGUGAAGGAGUUGAGUUUCGUAGAAAAGACGGCGGCGAUUGGACCAGGGUAGCCGAGUUCGCCUGA